AUGCUGGCAAGAUUGCCAACUCUUGACAGCAGAUCAAUGGGAAACCAUCCAAACAUAUGUCCCCUCUGUAUGUCUCAUCCUGAGUCACAUGACCACAUCUUCCUUAAUUGCUGUUUUACCUCCCUAAUUUGGAGAUUCAUUAAAGAUCGAUGCCAAUUCUACACUUCAAUUACAAAUUGGGAGGAGCUCAUACAGUAUAUUAGCGUGAGAUGGAAAGCAAAAUCGGUUCCUAAUCUUCUAAGAAAAGUUUGCUUCUCAGCCAUGAUGUAUCAUACCUGGGAAGAAAGAAACAAGAGGAUUUUCAAAAAGAAGAAAUCAUCACAGAAGGUUGUUCUUGCUCGAAUCUGCUCCACCAUCACUACAAUUCUAAUGUUGGGCUUUCUUCAAGACUGCUCUACGGCUAGGAAAAUUCUUUCAGAAUGGAAUCUAUCCCUCUCUUGCUGCAGACCCCCUCCUCGUCCGCCGGAUACUACCAAUCGCCGGCUCAAUGCCGGAGCCUAA